AUGUCCGUAUCUGAUGCGGCCGCAUUGGCCAGCAGUGAUGAGGAGGCAAUGCCCGUCAGCAGCCAUCCGAGCGCACAUCGCGACUACAGUGAUUCGCGGUUGGAGCGCGUGGCCAACUACACAACGACCACGAUGCGCCUCAAACCCGACAAAUGGUCCAAAAUGAUGGCCAACGAUGAGUUCCGGCACAUUGUGCUGGACUGGCUCCAUGGACGGAGUCGAGUGUUGGUCAUGACUCUCAGUUCAGGCAGCGAGCUGGUGCCGCGCAGUUGUGUGAGCGACUUGUAUUGCAACUAUAUGUUGCAAGGCAACAACUCGGCCGCCUCCCGCGCCUCGACGGCUGUCCACGACUCCAGUGCCUCGCCCAUUACGGCAACAGCUGCUGUGGUGGCGGCGGCAACAUCGACGGGCGGCGCUUUGCUGGUGCCAAUGCCGCCAGCCUCCUCGAGCUUUACCACUUUGGAUGGGGUGCCGCGUGGCAAGUGUGCGUACUUCAUACGCCACAAUUUGGCCGUGCCACUGACGGCCGACAACUUUCAGAGCUCGGUGCUCUAUGGCGACUUCCCGGUGCACAGUAAAAUCGAAACAAUGUCGCUGCUCUUCGACGAGGUGCUGCAGCCGCUGCUGGAACAGGCCCAGGGUAAUUGGCCAACGCCUGUGCGCAAGGAUCUGGAGAGUCGCGUCAAGGAAGUGCGCAACACCCUCACUGAGAUUAAGGGCAAGACCAACAAUCGCACAAUUUUAUCGUUAUUAGUUUCGCCAACAAUCGUCGAAGCAGUCGCCGCUCAAGUCGACCAGGGGAAUCUAAGGGCAGCAUUGGAUCCCAAGUUUCGCAAUCUGCUCGAGGAGAUGUUCAUCAAUUGGACAACCCAAAUGCAUGACAUUGUCAUGGAGCAUUCCGAGUCGGUUGGCCUGAGCGGCAGCUCAGCUGCAGCUGCCACAGUUGCAAGUGGAGCAACUGCAACCGCAACCAUGUCGAAUGCGAAGCAUUUGAGUCUAGUGACGCUGCCGCCGCAGGAGAUUGCCUUCUGGACGAAUCGCAAACUCAAUCUGCAGAACAUCUACGAGCAGCUGCGGGAGCCAAUGCACAAGACACUCGCUCACAUUCUGGAGCGGAUUGAGUCCGUCUACUAUGAGCCAUAUGCCAAGGCCUUUCGCCAGCUGCUCACCGCGUGGCUGGAGGCAAAGGAUGUCUCGCUGUGGCUGCAACCGUUGCUGCGUCAAACGGCCGCGUUCAAUUCGGUGCAGUUCAGCAACAGCCAGGAGCUGAUUGCUCCCAUGGUGCAUGUGCUGCACUUGAUCUGGAGCAAUGCGCGCUUUCGCAGCAGUCAACGGAUGAGCGUGCUGCUGCGUUGCAUCUGCAACAUGCUCGUGCAUCGCGCCGCCGAAGACUUGGAAUUCCCGCUGCUCUUCCAGGGCGAUGCGGACGAAGGACUGCAACGGAUCAAUAAAACGGGCGAGGUGCUGGAGUUUUUUAGACAGCGCACACUCGACUACAAGGAACGCUAUGGCAGCAGCCAAGUUCUGUUGCCCGCUCUGCCUGUUGCCUCCACUUCGGCAGCUGCUUCGCCGCCGCCAACCGAUGAACAGCCGCAGCUGUGGCGCUUCUCAAACGAACAGGUGUUUGGCCAAACACUCGACGGCUUCCUGCUGCAGCUCUCCGAGCUGCGUCACGUCUUCGAGGCAGCCGUGCAGUUCCAGCAGCUGGAGAAACUCGAAAUUGGGGGACUGCGUGGAAAACUGCUAACCGAACGUAUCAGACAGAUCUUCAACGAAUUCAAGCUGCUGUUCGAGCAGUGGACCGACGUGGACAUCGAUCUCACGGCGCCAGCGGCACACAAAUGGAAAUGCUUCAAGAGGGAGCAAGCCAUCUUCUUCGGUCGCAUGCAGCUGCUGGAACAGAAGCUGGCCACCGUUCUGCUGCAAGCCUUUGAGCAGUGCCACAGCUGGAUGCAGCUGCUCAAGCUAACGCAGAUGUUUGGCUGCCUGCUGCAGCGCAGUGUGGUGCAACUGGAGCUGGUGCGUCUUCUUCCCCACAUGCUGGGCAUCUACGAUGCAGAACUGCAGCAGCUCGAAAGCAGCGUGGCGGAUGUUUUACUAAACUAUCAGCAGCUCGGACUCUCUGCGCUUCCCUUGGCCUGGAACUUUCCUCCCGUGGCGGGUGCCAUGAUGUGGCUGGAGCAGCAUUUGCAUCGUUGCGAUGAGCUGGGUGCAAAGGAACUCACCGAACUCAUACAGACACUUUUGGGGCAGAAAUCGGAGCUUAUUGCGUUCCCCGUGCAAUGGGAUGCUUUGUGCAGUCGCCGCAACAUUUUGACCACCAAAUUGUGCAAUCUGCAGCUGAAAAUCUGGCACAACUGGCAACAGGACAUCGAACGGUUGAUAGCACAAGGCUUGGCAGAGCCAGUGUUGAUCCAACCAGAUGCAGCUGCUCAGGAAUUGCAACCCAAUUUCGCCCAAGCCUUGUUCACGCUGCUCAAGGAGACUAAGUAUCUGCUGGCUUUGCAGGCAGCUGGCAGUCUGUCGUCGCAGCUCUUUCAAAUGCCCGACGCACUGCUCUCGUUGUAUCUGCAACGCGAUGCGUAUUGGCAGCGUCGCAUUCGUCUCAUCAAGAUUGAUGAGUUCUACAACGGCAUCAGAGCGGGGCAGUGCGCUGAGGCGGAGCUGCAGCUAAUAGCUGGCGAGCUGGCCACGAUUGAUGCCCAAGUAGCCAAGGCUUGUGUACAGCUCAGCUGGUCUAGCUAUGAUGAGCCUCUUAUUGAGAGCAUCUACGAGAAGGCACGCGGUCUGUUUGGGCGCCUGCAGCAGUCGCACAGCAAUCUGGAUGCCAUAUUGGCCAGCAUGCAUCGCUGGAGCCGAGAGCCGCUGCAUCAGCGCAGUCUCUACGGCCGCAAUCUGCUCGAUUUGCGGCAUCAGCAGGACCGUGUUCGACUCCGACUGCUGCAAUGCGAUGAGACGCGAAUGCUGUUAAAUCGCCUGCUGAUUGCCAACUUUUGUUUAUUCUUCAACUAUGAGACGCAGCAGUUUCAGCUCUAUUCCCGUGACCUCAGCGUCCAGGAGUUUGUGCGCGAAUUUCCGGAUGAGCAGCGCCGGCAGUAUAACAAAUAUUUGGCCAACGUUGAUGAGUUGAUUUACCGUGAAGUGCGACUGGCAAUGAGGAUCAGUUUAGAGUAUUUGCACAAGGAAAUGACAGGCACAGCAACAACAACAAAUGCGACUGCGACUGCGACUUCAACUACAACUGCGACAGGAACUUCAGGCAAGGUCUUGUUGCUGCUACAACAAAUCACGACGCCACAAGCGACAGCGACAAUAAUGCCACCAACAACAGCAACAACAACUGCGAUGGGAACAACAAACGAUGCACCGCUAUUCGAAGUGAAAUUGGAGCUGACGGAAACGGAAAUACGUUUUUCGCCUGCCUUUGAUGCAAGUGUUGAAAAUAAUUUUCAACAAAUUGUCGAGCAGCUGUUGCUGGAUAUAAAACAGACAUGCGACUGCAUGCCAAGAAUUGUGUCUGACAAUGCGCACUCCGACGACGAAGAAGAAGAAAAAGAAGAGGAUGAACAGGAGCAGGAGCAGGAGAAGUUAACGGAUGAACAGGGGGAUGAGCAGCAGUUCAAGUUGAGCACCAUUCAAGCAGCAACCAUGGCCAAGGCAGAGUCAAAGACAGAGGCAGCAGCUUGUGCCAUUGAUGAGUUGGAAAUGUUACGCGCCGCAAUAUGCGACGCUUUGGCGCACACGGUGCAGGCGGCGUUGAAUUAUGCUGCCAAAUUCCACGCCUAUGAGUUCCUUUGGACCCAGCAGAGUCGUGACGUCCUUGCCAGCUGCAUGCAAACGGCCCGCGAACAGACGACCCACAUCAGCGGCAGUGGCUAUGCCAUCAUGGAGACCUUCAAAAAGGAGAUUGAACGCUACAAUGAACUGCACGAUGCCAUCGACCAGUGCGAGAGUCGACACUGCAUCCAUGGCUGGCUGGCUUUGGAUCUGAGACCCCUCAAGCAUGGCCUGCUUAAUCUGGUGUGCAAAUGGUCGCACCUCUACAAGCAAUGGCUCUUACGUUAUGUGCAACAGACGCUUAAGGAGCUGAACGCAUUCAUAGCGAACAGCCAAGAGACGCUGCAGCUGUUUAUCGCACGCCAAAACUUUGAGGCGUUGCUGCGCGUGCUCGCUGUCAUGUCGGAGAUCCGACAGCGCGAACCGUAUGCGGACAAUGUCUUCAAGCCGCUGAAGGACAUUAUGGCGCUGCUGAAGACCUACAAUGUGGAAUUUGAGGCGCAGCUGCUGCGCAACAUUGAGCAACUGCCGCUGCACUGGCAACAGCUCAAGUUGCAGGCGCUGGCCAAGCAGGAGGCACUCCAGGACACGCGUUACUAUCAACAGCAGCGCGUUACUGCGCUCAUUGGCCUGCACACGUGCCACGUGCAACACUAUGCCAAGCAGUUCCAGCAAAUGUCAUUCUUUCGUGUGCCAUGUCCACAGGUUUACGAUAUCUGCGACGAGGUGUACGUGCGACUCCAUCGCUUUGGCAGCCAGCAGCGUCGCUAUGCCCGCUGGGCCCGUCUGCUCGACAUUCCCGAGCCCGACACGGCCAAACUGCUGCACUGCCGGACGGAGCUUAGACGUGUUAAGCAACUGUGGGACUUUGUGCGCGUCAUCGAAUCGUGCAUUGUCGACUGGCAUACGACACCUUGGCUGCGCAUCGAUACCGAUGACAUGGAGCACGAGUGCAAGAAGUUCACGCGGGAUUUGCGCACGCUAGACAAAUGCAUCAGGGACUGGGCUCCCUAUGUUUACAUUGUGGCCGUGCUGCGUGAGCUGGUUGCCUCGCUGCGCGCUGUUACCGAGCUUCAGAAUCCGGCAAUUACCGAACGACAUUGGCUGGAGCUCAUGCAGCUGUCAAAGCUUUCGUACAAAUGCAACACAUCCACAACGCUCGCUCAGCUGCUCAAACUGCAGCUGCAGCAACAUGAGGAGGACAUCAAGAAUACUGUGGAUCGUGCCAUCAAGGAGGCGACUGUGACUAAGGUGCUGGAUGACAUCAAAGCCACUUGGGCGCAUCUCGAAUUCGAAUUGGAACCGCAUCAAAGUCGUCCCACCGUGCGUCUGCUUAAAGUAUCCGAAGAGCUGAUUGAGACGCUCGACGACAAUCAAAUGCAACUGCAAAACAUCUCUACGUCCAAGCACAUCGAGUAUCUGCUCGAUAAGCUGAGUCACUGGCAGCGUGUGCUCAGCGGCAUUGAUACGCUGAUUGUCAAUUGGUUCGAGGUGCAACGCAAGUGGAUCUAUCUCGAGUGCAUCUUCAUUGGCUCCACAGACAUCAGAUCUCAACUGCCACAAGAUGCAGCCAAUUUCGAGCGCAUCGACGAGGAUUUCACACAGCUACUCGAGCGAGUUACCCAAGUGAAAGUUGUGAUGCAAGUGGAGCUGCAGCACGAGGAUGUGCUCAGCCAGCUGCUGGAACUCCAGCAACGUUUGGCAGUCUGUGAGAAGGCUUUAAAUGAUUAUCUGGAAACCAAACGUUUAGCAUUUCCUCGCUUCUACUUUAUCUCAGCUGCUGAUCUGCUUGAUAUACUCUCCAAUGGCAACAAUCCUCAAGUAAUUGAUCGCCAUCUCAUCAAACUCUUCGAUUCUAUACUGAGAUUGCAAUAUGAAACAAAUACCACACACGCUGUGGGCAUGCACUCCAAGGAGAACGAUGAGUACGUUUCAUUUGUGGCCAACUUGGAGCGCGAGCAGCUCGCCUACAUCGAUUGUAGUGGACGUGUCGAGCUCUGGCUGCGAGCUGUUAUCCAACAGAUGCGCAGCACUCUCCACGAACUCUUUCGACGCGCUCUGCGUGCGUUCGGCGAGAAGUCACGCGAUCUAUGGCUCUACGAUUGGCCAGCUCAAGUGGCGCUCUGUUGCAGUCAAAUACACUGGACAACGGAUGUUAAUCGCACAUUUGCUUGCAUGGAAGAAGGCUACGAGGGUGCCAUGAAGGAGCUGCACAAACGUCAAAUCACUCAACUGAAUGCCUUGAUCAAUCUACUGCUUGGUGAACUCUCGCCUGGGGAUCGACAGAAGAUCAUGACCAUCUGUACAAUCGAUGUGCAUUCACGUGAUGUCAUUGGCAAGAUCAUUGCCUCGAAAGUGGAUAACUCUUUAGCCUUUCAGUGGCAGAGUCAAUUGCGUCACCGAUGGGAUGAUGAGCAGUCUGGCAGUGGCUCCAGUGGAUGCGGCACAAUCUUGUCCACAGCCAGUGGAGGUGAAGGUGGCGAGGAAGAUUGCUUUGCUAAUAUUUGUGAUGCUGAGUUUCGCUACGCCUACGAGUAUUUGGGGAAUACAUCCAGGCUAGUCAUCACACCACUCACGGAUCGCUGCUACAUUACGCUAACACAGUCGCUGCAUCUGGUGAUGGGCGGAGCACCUGCCGGACCGGCGGGAACAGGCAAGACGGAGACAACGAAGGACCUGGGCCGGGCACUGGGCGUAAUGGUUUAUGUCUUCAACUGUUCGGAGCAAAUGGACUACAAAUCUUGCGGCAACAUUUACAAAGGGCUGGCCCAGACCGGCGCAUGGGGCUGCUUUGACGAGUUCAAUCGCAUCUGUGUGGAAGUGCUGUCCGUGGUUGCCGUUCAGGUGAAGACCAUACAGGAGGCGAUAAAGAUGCAUAAAACCCAAUUUAUCUUUAUGGGCGAGCGCAUCUCGCUGGAGCCGUCGGUUGGCAUUUUUAUCACCAUGAAUCCGGGCUACGCCGGCCGCACCGAGCUGCCGGAAAACCUGAAAACAUUGUUUCGCCCAUGCGCCAUGAUUGUGCCGGACUUUGCUUUGAUUUGUGAGAUUAUGUUAAUGGCCGAGGGCUUCCAGGAUGCUCGUCUGCUGGCACGCAAAUUUAUCACACUCUACACGCUGUGCAAGGAGCUCCUGUCCAAGCAGGAUCACUACGACUGGGGCCUGCGUGCCAUCAAAUCCGUCCUCGUUGUCGCCGGCACGCUGAAGCGCGACGACCACAGUCGCCCCGAGGAUCAGGUGUUAAUGCGCGCUCUGCGUGACUUUAACAUACCCAAGAUUGUGACCGAAGAUGUGCCCAUAUUUAUGGGCCUCAUUGGCGACCUCUUUCCCGCCCUCGAUGUGCCGCGCAAGCGUGUCUUUGAGUUCGAGAAAACCAUUCGUCGUGCCGUCAACGAAAUCAAACUGCAACCCGAGGAGGGUUUCCUCAUGAAGGUGGUGCAACUUCAAGAGCUGCUCGAUGUGCGACACUCGGUGUUUAUUGUGGGCGAUGCGGGCACUGGGAAGACCAAGAUCUGGCAGACGCUGAGGGAGACGUAUCGCAUACAGAAACUGAAGCCAGUGUGUCAUGUGCUCAAUCCAAAAGCCUUGUCCAACGACGAGCUCUUUGGCAUCGUUAAUCCCACCACCCGGGAGUGGAAGGAUGGCCUAUUCUCUUCUAUUAUGCGGGAACAGGCAAAUAUGCCGCCUGGGAAUCCCAAGUGGAUUGUGUUGGACGGUGAUAUUGAUCCCAUGUGGAUUGAGAGUCUCAAUACGCUGAUGGAUGACAACAAGAUCUUGACGCUGGCCAGUAAUGAACGCAUUUCGUUGAAGCGUGAGAUGCGAUUGCUCUUCGAGGUGGGACAUCUCAAGGCGGCGACGCCAGCGACUGUCUCCAGAGCGGGCAUCUUGUACAUUAAUCCUCAGGAUCUGGGCUGGUCACCCUACGUCUCCUCUUGGCUGGAAUCCCGAGUGAACAUGAUCGAGCGUGGCAUAUUGACCACGCUAUUCGAAAAGUAUUUUCCCAGCCUGAUGCAACGUCAGCGAGACUUUCGACGCAUCACACCCAUCACGGACAUGGCCAUGAUACAAAUGACCUGUCACCUGCUCGAGUGUCUGCUGGACACCGAUCAAAGCACGGACGAUGGCACUGGGACACGUGGAGCAGCAGCUGCAUCACAACAUGGGGCAAGUUCGCAUAGUUUGCAUCAUGUGGAUUUGUCGCACGAAUCGGCCGAGCUGGCAUUGGAGACCAUCUUUGUGUAUGUGACACUGUGGAGCUUUGGGUCGGCAUUGCAUCAAGAUGCAAUCAUCGAUUGGCAUCGCGAGCUGCACAAAUGGUGGACGGGGGAGUUCAAGGACGUCAAGUUGCCCAGCCAGGGCACCGUAUUUGACUAUCAACUUAAUGUGCAAACACUAAAGUUCCAGCGCUGGUCCGAGCUGGCAGCCCAAGAGCAGCUGGACUGUCAAAUCGAUGCUGAGCUGCCAUUGCAGAACGUGCUCAUUUCAACUGCAGAGACCACACGGCUGGCCUACUUCCUCAAGCUGCUUAUCGACCGCAAUCUUGCCUGCAUGCUGGUGGGCAGCUCUGGCUGUGGCAAGGGUGCCAUCUUCCGUGAGCUCUUCAGCAAAUAUGCCAGCGCACAGGAGCUCCUUGAAAUUGCAGUGACAGCUGUCAGCAGCAACAGUCAGCAACACCAACAGCAGCAACAGCAACAACAGCAGCAACAGCAACAACUGCAGCAGACAAACGCUGACAACGUGAGCGUUGUGCGUCGGAAGUCAUCGUCGUCGACACCAUUGCUGACCACGGUGCAGGCGACACACUUUAACUUCUACACCACAUCGGAGAUAUUCCAGAAGAUGCUCGACCGCCCGCUGGAGAAGAAGUCGGGACGUUGCUACGCACCCAGCGGACCCAAGCGACGUCUCAUCUACUUUGUCAACGACCUGAACAUGCCCGAGGUGGAUGCCUAUGGCACCGUGCAACCGCACACGAUUAUGCGUCAGUUCAUGGACUACAGGCAGUGGUACGAUCGUCAGCGUUUGCAAUUAAAGGACAUUCGCCAUUGUCAGUUUGCCGCCUGCAUGAAUCCUACGGCUGGUUCCUUCACCAUUGAUCCACGAUUGCAGCGACACUUUUGCGUCUUCUCUGUGGCGCCACCUGCCGAGGAGACACUACACUACAUCUACAGCAGCAUUCUGAACAAUCAUCUGGAUCAACCUGCUCAAGGUUUCAGCAAGGAAAUACGUUCCAUUGGUAAUCUGCUGGUUCAGGUUGGCAUUGCCCUGCAUCGACGUGUGGAAUACGCUUUUCUCCCCACCGCCAUCAAGUUCCACUACAUCUUUAAUCUGCGCGAUCUCACCAACAUCUAUCAGGGUGUCAUGAACAGCGUGGGUGCGCCUGUGGCUGCAGGUGGAGGUGGGGGCAGCUAUGGGGGAACUGUUUGCAGCAAACCCGCUGAGUUGAUGCGACUCUAUGUGCACGAAGCUUAUCGAGUUUAUCACGAUCGUCUGGUCGAUCAAUAUGACAUUAAAUCAUUCAAGUCUUCGAUUAGGGAUAUAUUCAAAAAGGACUUUGAGGACUUUGACGAGGACUUUGUGUUUGCAGAGCCCUUGAUCUACAGUCACUUUGCGCAAUCGUUGGUGGAUCAAAAGUACAUGCCACUUAAAAGCUGGGACUCUUUGUAUCAACUGCUGCUGGAAGCGCAGUCCAGCUACAAUGACGUAGUGGGCUACAUGAAUCUGGUGUUGUUUGAGGAUGCCAUGAUACACAUUUGUCGCAUCAAUCGCAUUCUGGAGAGUCCGCGUGGGAAUGCUUUGCUCAUAGGAGUUGGCGGCUCUGGGAAGCAGACCUUGGCACGCCUGGCUGCCUUUAUUUCCUCCUUAAGCGUCUCGCAAAUACAAAUCAAACGUGGCUUUGGUUUGCUCGAUAUGCGCGAUGAAAUUGCCGCACUCUACAUGAAAGUGGGACUCAAGAAUGUCGCCUCAGUGUUUCUCAUUUCCGAUGCCCAGCUGCCAGAUGAAUCUAUUCUGAUGCUCAUCAAUGAUUUGCUAGCUUCAGGUGAAAUACCCGAACUCUUUAACGACGAUCAACUAGACACCAUAAUCAACGGCAUUCGAAACGAGGUGAAGCAAAGCGGCACUCUAGAUACCAAGGAAAACUGUUGGCGUUACUUUGUAGAGAAAGUGCGACGUCUGCUAAAAGUCGUGCUCUGUUUCUCGCCCGUGGGACAAACGCUGCGCAUAAGAGCACGAAAGUUUCCAGCGAUCAUCAGUCGCACGGCCAUCGACUGGUUCCAUGAGUGGCCCAAAAGUGCAUUGGAAUCGGUGUCGCAAAAAUUUCUGAACGAAAUCAGCGACAUACUGGAGGCGCCGCUCAUACCGCCCAUCGGCUGCUUUAUGGCCUACGUCCAUGGCACCGUGAAUCAGAUAUCGAAAAUUUAUCUACAGAAUGAAAAACGCUACAACUACACGACACCAAAAACAUUUCUCGAAUACAUUUUCCUCUACCGCAAACUGUUGGUCGACAAAAACGGCGAAUUCGCACAGCGCAUCUCCCGAUUGCAGAGCGGCAUGGCGAAGUUGGCGGAGUGCGCCAGCCAGGUGGACACCCUAAAGCAUCAACUGGCCAUCCAGGAGGUACAACUGGCUGCCAAAAAUGCGGCCGCCGACAAGCUGAUUGGAAUUGUUAGCGCCGAGAGUGAAAAGGUGAAACGCGAACGCUUUACAGCCUCCGAGGAGGAGAAACGUGUGCGCAUCAUAGAGGAGGAUGUUUCGAUUAAAACCAAACUCUGUGAACAGGAUUUGCGACAGGCGGAGCCGGCACUCGUUGCCGCCCAGGCAGCACUCAACACACUCAACAAAAACAAUCUCACGGAACUAAAGUCCUUUGGCUCGCCACCAAAGGCUGUGAUUAAUGUCUGUGCCGCUGUGAUGGUAUUACUUGCUACGAAUGGCAAAAUACCACGGGAUCGCAGCUGGAAGACUGCCAAAUUGAUGAUGGUGCGUGUGGAUCAGUUUCUCAACGAUCUGGUCAACUACAACAAGGACAACAUACAUCCAAACAUUAUCGAAACAUUGCAGGAGUAUCUCAAGGAUCCCGAGUUCAAUCCAGAUAAGGUUGUGCAAAAGUCCGUGGCAGCAGCUGGUCUCUGCGCCUGGGUCAUCAAUUUGCAUCGUUAUCACCAGGUCUUCUUGAUAGUUGGCCCUAAACAGCAGGCGUUACAGGACUCGCAGCAGGAGUUGUUCGAGGCGCGAGAGCGUCUGCAAUAUCUCAAGACGAAAAUCAACCAUCUGCAGGACAAACUGGCCGAAAUACAGGCAGAGUUCGAGCAUGCCGUGGCCGAAAAGCAAAAGUGCCAACGCGAGGCGGACAAGACGUCCUUUACCAUCGAUCUGGCGCAUCGCCUGGUCAAUGGGCUGGCCAACGAGAAUGUACGCUGGCGCGAGUCAGUGCAGAGUUUACAGGCAAAGAUUGGCACUCUGCCCGGUGAUAUACUGUUAAUUUCCUCGUUCCUGUCGUACGUGGGCUGUUUCACGCGUCGCUACCGCGAGGAGCUGCAGCACAAGAUGUGGCUGCCCAGUUUUCGCAGAAUGGAUCCCCACAUACCGCACACGGAGGGCGUCGACCCAUUGACGCUGCUGUCGGAUGACGCGCAAAUUGCCACUUGGAACAAUGAGGGUCUGCCCAUGGAUGGCAUGUCCACGGAGAAUGCGACAAUAUUGCAGCACUCAACACGCUGGCCUCUGAUGAUAGAUCCGCAGCUUCAAGGGAUUAAGUGGAUCAAGAGUCGCUUCGGCGCCUCGUUGGUGGUGUUGCGACUCACUCAACGCGGCUUUCUCGAGGCACUGGAAAAGUCCAUUUCGCGCGGCGACACCGUGCUAAUUGAACAAAUCGAGGAGACGAUGGACACGGUGUUGGAGCCGCUACUCAGUCGGGCCCUGAUCAAAAAGGGACGCUAUCUGCGCAUUGGCGAAAAGGAAAUGGAGUUCAAUCCGAAUUUCCGUCUCAUAUUGCACACGAAACUCGCCAAUCCGCAUUACAAGCCGGAAAUGCAGGCGCAGACAACGCUCAUUAACUUUACCGUCACACCGGAUGGCCUCGAGGAGCAGCUGCUAGCGGAAGUGGUCAAAAUCGAACGUCCGGAUCUGGAGCAGAUGAAAACCGAAGUCACGCUGCAGCAAAAUAUGUUUAAAAUCUCACUCAAAGCUUUAGAGGAUGAACUGCUGGCCAGAUUGGCCUCUGCUGGCGAGAACGUGCUCGAUGAUCAUGCUCUCGUCUUGAAUCUGGAGAACACCAAACGCACCGUGGACGACAUUGAGUCCAAGGUGCGAGAGGCGCAUCUGACAACGCUGCAAAUCGACGAGACUCGCAACAUUUAUCGUGCGGCAGCAAAGCGCGCUGCCAUUCUCUACUUUGUGCUCACGGAUUUGAACCGUAUUAAUCCCAUUUACAAAUUCUCGCUGAAGUCUUUCAUGCAUGUCUUUCGCCAGGCUAUUGCCGUGGCUCCCGACUGCAAGAACUUCGAGAAGCGGGUGCUGCACCUCGUGGAUUCGAUUACCCUACAAACCUAUCGUUAUACUCUUCGUGGUCUCUUCGAGGCAGACAAACUGACCUUCACUUCACACUUGACGCUGCGCAUCAUGAUUGCCGCCGAGCAAGUGGCCAAGGAUGAAACGGACUUCCUGCUCCGGUAUCCACAUGAUCCCAAUACGCUUUCCCCGCUCGACUUUGUGGGUCGCAGUGCCUGGGGCGGCAUCAAAUCCUUGGCACUCGUCGAACACUUCUAUGGCAUCGACAAGGACAUGGAGAACUACACGAAACGUUGGCGCAAAUUCAUGUCCAGCGAUACGCCAGAACGCGAACAGUUCCCUGGCGAGUGGAAACAUCGCACUCCGCUCCAGAAGCUGUGCAUUGUGCGUGCUCUGCGUCCAGAUCGCAUGACCUAUGCCAUGGCUCAGUUUGUGGAGCAAACUAUGGGCAAAGCCUAUGCCGAGGUGCAAACGCCUCCAUUUGUGGCCAUCUUCAAGGAGUUGAAUGCCGCCACGCCUGCUUUCUUUAUACUCUCCCCAGGCGUUGAUCCCAUUCGCGAUGUGGAGCGUUAUGGCCAGCAGCAGGGCUUUCAUGCCGAUGUUGGUACGCUGGUCAACAUCUCGUUGGGUCAGGGGCAAGAACUACUCGCGGAGCAAGCCAUCGAACAGGCUCUAACCUCAGGUGAACAGUGGGUCAUAUUGCAAAACAUUCACCUGGUAGUCAACUGGCUACCCACGCUAGAGAAGCUCAUCGAGCGCAUUGUGCUGCAGUCGGAGACACAAGGGGACUCGAACUUCCGACUGUUCAUCAGCGCAGAACCCGCUCCCGAUCCGCAGUACCACGUGAUUCCCCAGGGAAUACUGGAAUCUUCACUAAAAGUAGUCAAUGAACCGCCAGCUGGUAUGGCUGCCAAUCUGCACAAAGCCUGGGAUAAUUUCUCGCAGGAAACUCUGGAGACAUGCACUCAGGAGGCCGAGUUCAAGUCCAUACUCUUUGCCCUCUGCUACUUCCAUGCGGUGGCCGGCGAACGUCGCAAAUUCGGGCCCCAAGGCUGGAAUAAAGUUUAUCCUUUUAAUGUGGGGGAUUUGACCAUCUCGGCGAAUGUGCUGCACAACUAUCUGGAGGGCAGCAAUCGCAUACCCUGGGAGGAUUUGCGCUAUCUCUUUGGCGAGAUUAUGUACGGCGGCCACAUCACCGACGACUGGGAUCGACGACUCUGUCAGACAUUCCUGGAGGAGCUACUGCAGCAGGAUCUCAUUGAUGGCGACUUUGAACUGUGUCCCGGCUUCCCGGCGCCACCUAAUCUAGAAUUUGAAGGCUAUCACAGCUACAUCACUGAAAUGCUACCUGAGGAAUCACCGCUACUCUAUGGUCUCCAUCCCAAUGCGGAGAUUGGUUUCCUCACCAGCGCCUCGGAGCAAUUACUGCGCACCAUUUUCGAGCUGCAACCCCGAGAGUCGGAGCUGAGCACACACUGCGGUGCACCACGCGAGGAGCUGGUCAAGAUUAUGAUUGACGAUUUUCUGGACAAGCUGCAAGAUGAGUUCAACCUGCAGGCGCUUUUGAAUCGCGUGGAGCGCAAGACGCCUUUUGUGGUCGUUGCUCUACAGGAAUGCGAACGCAUGAAUGCGUUGAUACGGGAGAUUAAACGAUCCCUGAGAGAACUCAUGCUGGGACUGAAAGGUGAACUGACCAUCACACAGGAAAUGGAACGCUUGGACUAUGCCAUCUUCUAUGAUCACGUGCCCGCUGCUUGGGCACAGCUUGCUUACCCCAGCAUGCUGGGACUUCAGGGCUGGUUUGCUGAUCUGCUGCAUCGCAUUAAGGAACUCGCGGGUUGGCUGAAUGACUUUAAGCUACCCUGCGCCAUCUGGCUGGGAGGAUUAUUCAAUCCCCAGAGCUUCCUAACAGCCAUUAUGCAGGAGAGCGCCAGGAAACAUGAUUUACCCUUGGAUCGCAUGCUCAUCAGCUGUGAUGUGACCAAGAAGCAAAAGGAUGAUGUCACUCUGCCACCGCUAGAGGGCGCCUUUGUGCACGAACUGUAUUUGGAUGGCGCCAGCUGGGAUUGUCAGCUCAAUUCCAUUGUGGCGCUGCAUCCCAAGGAGUUGCUCUGCGCCAUGCCCGUCAUCUACAUCAAGUCCAUUGUGCAGGAGAAACAGGAGCUGCAGCGGGUCUACGAGUGUCCGCUCUACAAGACCAGGUCGCGUGGCAACACCUACGUCUGGACACUGAACCUCAAGACGCGUGACCGUCCAGCAAAAUGGAUAUUAGCCGGAGUUGCCCUUUUGUUGCAGCCAUAGAGCGACCCCAAGUGAAAGGCAUCCUCCCACACAAAAGCCCUUUCUCCAUUGUUGGCAUCAGCUUCAGCUAUUAAAGCGUUGUGACGCGUUUCCUUGCGGUUCUUUUUAUUUAUAGCCGCUGAAAUGGACAGCAAUCAUCAAAAGCGCAUCACGUGAACUCUCGGCUGAUUAAAGCGCUAAUUACACAGCUCAGCACAAAAGCGCUUAGAAAGAAACCACGCAGCUA